AUGGACAAUGCUCUCGCCAGCGCGUCAGCGAUCAGUGACCAGCGGCAAAAGAUCGAACAGUAUAAGCACAUUCUCGCCACCGUCCUCUCCUCCAACGACGUUGCUCAGGCCAAACAGUUCAUUGAUCACGUGUUAUCGGAUGAUGUUCCGCUUAUGGUAUCAAGGCAACUUAUACAAACGUUCGCCCAAGAGCUCGGGAGGUUGGAGCCAGAGUUUCAGAAGGAGAUUGCCCAUUAUACCCUCAACCAGAUUCAGCCUCGGGUUGUUUCUUUUGAAGAACAGGUGUUGAUAAUUAGAGAAAAACUUGCUGAGUUGUAUGAAUCUGAGCAACAGUGGUCAAAAGCUGCACAGAUGCUUAGUGGCAUUGAUCUAGACUCUGGAAUGAGAGCGAUUGACGAUACCUUUAGGCUGUCAAAAUGUGUCCAAAUUGCUCGUCUUUACCUUGAGGAUGAUGACGCAGUUAAUGCAGAAGCUUUUAUAAACAAGGCUUCCUUUUUGGUUAGCAACAGUCGGCAUGAAGUGUUGAAUUUGCAGUACAAGGUUUGCCAUGCUAGGAUUCUAGAUUUGAAGAGAAAAUUCCUGGAAGCUGCCCUGCGUUAUUAUGGAAUUUCCCAAAUUGAGCAGCGACAGAUUGGAGAUGAAGAGAUUGAUGAAGAAGCACUAGAGCAAGCUCUAGCUGCUGCAGUAACAUGCACGAUUUUGGCUGCUGCGGGUCCUCAACGUUCUCGUGUUCUAGCCACCCUUUACAAGGAUGAACGUUGCUCUAAGCUAAAGAUCUAUCCCAUCUUGCAGAAGGUUUAUUUGGAGAGAAUUUUGAGGAAACCAGAAAUUGAUGCUUUUGCAGAAGAAUUGAAACCACAUCAGCAAGCACUUUUGCCCGACAAUUUUACCGUUCUUGAUCGUGCUAUGAUUGAGCACAAUCUUCUGAGUGCUAGCAAACUUUAUACAAAUAUAAGCUUUGAUGAAUUGGGCAGAUUGCUGGGAAUUGCUCCUCAGAAGGCUGAGAAAAUAGCUUCAAAAAUGAUCUACGAAGACAGAAUGAGGGGAUCUAUUGAUCAGGUUGAAGCUGUUAUACAUUUCGAAGAUGACACAGAGGAAUUACAACAAUGGGAUCAGCAGAUUGUUGGAUUGUGUCAAGCUCUGAACAACAUUCUUGAUAGUAUGGCAACGAAGGGCUUACCAGUUCCCGUCUAA